UCCUCCUCAAACCGCGUGUAUCACUGUUCGGCUGCCUCGGGGCCGGUGAUACUGCGUGGCGCAUUCUCUGGCGAAUCAAGAUCGCGCAGUUGCCCCAAGACUGUGAUCGCGGUAAGACGUUCUCUGGGUGUUCAGCUGGGUGCCACAGCAUGUGUGGCGAACCACUUAAGGACUGUGGCGUUUUGUUAAAGUGAAGUUAAUUUAAAUCAAUUGAGACAAUUAUUAAUACAAUUUUUUCUUCUUCUUCGUGGACUUUUGAAUAUUCAAACAUCACAUGAAGAUGAUCUAUUGUCGUUGGUGCGUAUUUAAUAAGUGCGCGCGGGACUAGAUGUUGGUGCUUUAGUAAAAUUCUUAGUUUUCUGUUGUUGUUGUUGACGCUCUUCAAGGGGAGUUCAUUAAACUAUAAGGAUUAAGUGGCGCACGCAGGGAUUAUGUUGGGUGACAAAAUCAUUGUAAUUCUUGGAAUUAUCUCCGGAAUUGCUGCAUCUUCGUCCUCCAAUGAGACCCAUUCGUGCUGCACAGAAGUCUAUGGAUCCUGUCGAACAUCUUGCGAGAAUCUUUCGCUCGUACACCUGGCGGUGGAUGUUAAGGAUUCCCGACUGUCUGACGUCAGGAGAUUCUGCUCGCAAUCAUUAACGGACUUUUGGAUGUGCAUGAAUACCACACUUCAAGCUGUGGCACGUGGUUCUGAGUGGCCUGGACGACCAUGUUGUGCUCUUGGGUUGUCAGAACGCUGCCAAAUUGCCUGCGCAACAGCGUCGUCUGUUGAAGAACUCCUUCCGGGAUGUCGUCAGAGCGAUGAGCAGAGUCUCUUCACCUGCCUGGAUCGCCAGGAGUCCGGUGAUGCGUGCUGCCUGCAGUCCCGAACAGCUGAAUGCAUGCAAGCGUGCCGGGAUAUUUUCCGCACGCGCUUCACGCCGACAAAGGAGCAGCGGCAUCGUGUUGUGAAGAUGUGCGAAGCCGGCGAUCAUAGGGUUCUGCAGUGCCUGAGGAACCUAAUUGAUUACACGCCCACGUCGAAUCUCAAAACAUACAUGCCCUGCUGUGAACUGACCAAGAACUCCAAAUGCAAGGCCUCAUGCCAAAAUGCUCUGACUGUGAGUGAAACAACGCAGGAGACAAUCGAUGCCCUGGAAAUUGGAGGCUGUGGUCCACCACUACCCUUUGAUCCGCUGUGGCAGUGCUUCCUCUCCAGUGGACGUCAAGGUGCUCCAGCUAGUGCCACAAAUGAGAUUUCCCGCAUUAACCAGAUCGGCAUGGACUCAGCCAAACUGCACUGCUGCCAGAAGGCCAUUGCACCCAAAUGUCGUCGCCUGUGUCAGCUCACCUUCUCCAGCGAUUGGUCCGUUACACGUGAUGACUUUGAACGAGACUGCCUGUCGCAGAUUAAUGAGCUCCAACUAAGACAGUGCCUAGACGAUGUGGAUGAACCGUGCGAACUAGGCUGCGAUGCUCUGUCCUUCUGCAGCAACUUCAACGGUCGCCCCACGGAGCUUUUCCGUAGCUGUACCGCUCGAGCAGACCUUGCUGCUCACUCAGAUGUCUCGCUCUGGCAAGAGAAGGGCUUCAUCCCCCUGCCUGGAUUCAAUCUUCCCAUCCGCAAUGUCUCCAGAUGUUCUCCUGAAGCCUGGCAUGCUGUUGCGUGUACGUUGCAAAUUAAACCGUGCACAACAACAACGCAUGGAAAUCAAAUUUGCAAGGAAGACUGCUACGAGCUGCUAACACAGUGCAUGGACUGGACUAAGCUGCAGUCAAGUAGUCAUUCAGCUGGAUCACUCUGUUCGAAACUUUCUCCAAAUGACAUCACAACUCCUUGCAUCUCAUUGAAGCCUUUCUUAGAGCCGAGUGACUUUCCCUACAGAGAUGCCCAUCAGGUGUCAACGCCAUGUAGAGGAAAUCCCUGCAACAGUUCACAGGUUUGCCUUGUGGAUAAAACCGUCAACAAGGGCUUCUCCUGCGUUACAGGAUGCGCAUUGGGGGAGGCAUCCAACUACCUAGUUCCCUCCAAUACCUACGUCCGCAUCCCAGUGUCAUCCACACAAAAGGGCUGCCUUAAAAUCUGCUACUGCGGCACACAAGGACGCAUUGAGAACUGCCAACCACUUCCCUGUGUCACCUAUGACUCCUGCAACCUAGCUGGGCGACAAAUAGAGCACGCUUCGUGGUUCUACGUUGAAUGCAACAUCUGCAGUUGCUUUGCCGGUGAGAUAACAUGCACGAAGAAGCAGUGUCGUAUCCCCGGAAUCUCAGACGGCUCCUAUACGAGUCUUCCCUGCAACUGUCCACCGCAUUUUGUACCUGUUUGCGGUAGGAAUGGCAAAACAUACCCAUCAGCCUGUGUUGCCAAAUGCGCAGGACUACAGGAUGCAGACAUUGAGUAUGGAGCUUGUUCCGGUAGAAUCUUCUGCAAUGCAACAUCAUGUCCCAUUGGGAGUGUUUGUAUUGAGGAGCAUCAAGUUUGUUUGUCAACAAUGCACAAGCCCUGUCCGAUGUUUACAUGUGAAAAUAUAACAAAUCCUUGUCAACGUGGUCAUCCAGUUUGCGACAAAACUGGUAGAACGCAUCAAUCACUUUGCAAUUUGAUUGAAGCUGGAGCAGAAUUGGCUUACCGUGAUGCCUGUUUGGAGAACUGCAGGGAUUCAUCUUUUGGACCAGUGUGUGGGAUUAAUGGGCAGAAUUAUCAGAGCGAAUGUGAAGCGUGGAAUGACUACUCCCUUGUUGACUACUACGGUUCCUGUCGUGAGAUUGGCCUUCUCAGCUCAACUCUUGGACCUCGGUGCUCAUCAGUCAAGUGCUCUCCCCUUCCCUCUGAUCACUGUCAACCGAUCGUUCCACCUGGUGCCUGCUGCCCUGUUUGCUCCGGAUCUCUAAGGAUUGUCUACUCAAGGAAGCAAAUAGAUCGGGCAUUGUACGCGCUAAAAGGUCACAAUACGCACUUCCUCACCCUUCGCUCAAUCCUCCAAUCACUGCAGCGUCUCAUCAGGGUAUCGCAGUGUCGCCUCAGUGGCUUCUUAACCGUCGAAACGGAUCUCUUUGUAACAGUCCAACAUGUUGCGCGAAAGCCAACUCAAGUUCAAAUUGAAGCCUGCCACAGGGAAGCCGAAAAGAUCACAACCCUCAUUGCAGCUCAGAGUCAUCGGGUAACGAGUGAUCUUGGUCUGAGUGCACUAACAGUUGCAAAUAUGGCUCAACCAGACUCUUCGGGGAGUUCCUUUAGUGGUUCAGCGCGUUCCAAUGGUAUCCUGCUGAAGUUAACCGCAUUUCUUGUGAUUUCUCGAUACUCCCUCUGAUCAGGAGGAGGCAAUUCUAACGACAAAAAAAUGAGAUAUUUGUUCAAUUUUGAGAUUUUUAAAGUGAAUUCAUUGUGCCAAAUACAUGACGAAGGCUAACGAGCUAACUAGAACAAAAUGAUCUGUGAUAAGUUGAUGUAAGUUUUGCACAUAGAAACUUGGUUUAGUGGCCAAAGAAUUAAGUUAUUCACUCUCUUACAAUUUUUUAAAUCUUAAUUAUGUACAUAAGAAUCAUUUUAAUAAAAGAAUUUAACAAAAA